AUGCAGAAACGUGGGGCGGAUGGUGAAGGGUACAUGGGCGUGUGUCUGCACGGAACCAAAGAGAAAGAGAAGCUGGAGGAAGGAGGAAGGCGUCCGAACGUGGUGGAGGCCAUUCCGGAUGACCCCACGUACAACGUGAGCAGCGAGCUCACCCUGACGGUGAGCAGCGGCGACGACAACGCCUUCAUCACCUGCGCCGUCGACCACCCGUCCCUCGCCCCGGGGGACAAGAGGAGCGAGCAGGCCCUGCGAGUGCUGUAUUCCCCAAAAGUGCAGAUCCAGCCUGAGAGCGAUCUGCCGAGAGAGGGGGAGAAGUUCUCUCUGCGGUGUUUGGGCGACGGCAACCCCAAGCCCACCACCUACAUCUGGGAGAAGAAGGACGGAGAGCUCCCCUCGCUGGCCAAAACCGAAGGUGCCGUCCUGUUUUUCUCGAUGCUCAACAAAUCAGAUAAUGGCGUCUACCUCUGCCACGCCGACAACGGCAUCGGAAACGGCCAGGGGGAGUACGUCCUCCUGGUGCAAGACCCCACCGCCAUGUCGACCUCUUCAGGGGUGGACCACGCCGUGAUCGGAGGGGUGGUAGCCGUUAUCGUCUUCAUCCUGCUUUGCCUCCUCAUCGUCCUCGGCAGAUACCUCAUCAGACACAAAGGAACGUAUCUGACCCACGAGGCCAAGGGCUCGGAUGACGCCCCCGACGCCGACACGGCCAUCAUCAACGCCGAGGGAGGCCACUCCGGAGGAGACGACAAGAAGGAGUACUUCAUCUAGACAGAGGACAGAGUGGUGGAGGAAAGGAGCGGGAGAAGGAGGAGGAGGAAAAGUUGGAGGACGUGGAAGUAGAGGAGAGGGGAGGAGUGAAGGGAAAAAAAAACCUCCAUUUGUUUUCACGACGCUUCAGUUCUUCGCUCGGUUGGAGGGAUGAUGGGAGGGGAUGGGAGGGAAAGAACUGCGGGGCAGGAGAACGCGACGAGUCGAGCUUCAACUGGUACUACCCUCUUUGCAUUGAUACAGGGAAGUGAGAUCUUUUUGCACUGACAUACGGACGAACUGAAGUCAACCACACUCAAACACAAACAUACAUACAUGAGUCAGUCCUUGGGGGGGAAAACCUCUUCACUCACACAGACUGUCGCUCCGAUUAACAAACACAAGCCUCCUAACAACGCAUCCUUAACACAGUUCUAGCAUCCUGUUUCUAAACUGUCAGCGCCGCGAAAAAGCAAAAUUGUAAGUCACAUUCCUCGAGCUGAUGUUUCACCUCUCUCCUCGACAUUUAAACCGAAACCAGGUCCGUGUUUUCACCUUUUUCUGUCCUCAUUCUCUCCAUCUAGCCAGGCGGAAUCCCUCCGUAAACAAUCCUUCGUGGCAGAGAAAGGAAAAAUAUUGCCGCGCGGUUAAAUCUUUUUAUACCAUCGAACCUCUUCCCGUGUCCUCACAAAGCCCAGGUACGAGCCGUCGAAGUUUCCACAACGCACCGCCACAAAAAAAAAAAAAA